UCGUGGGAGAAAAGUGAUAACAUGACAAUUUUGAUAAAACAAUAAUACCAACAUUGUAUUUCUCAAGGAUAUGAUAAGUAUGAUUAUAUAUACUGACAAAAUAUUCUCAGCACAACCGUUCAAUAAUCGUUGAAUUGCAGAUGCCAUUAAUCAGUGUUCAGAUUUUUUUAUGUAUGUUCAAUAAACCAGGCACAGGAGAGUCCCGCAUACAGGCCCUUACUGAGUCUGUUUCUACAGCCUGUAGGGUGCGUGCUUGCUCUGGUAUUUUCUCGGGUUUGUGCGUAAUAACGCAUCCGUCCUCCAGUGUCUCUCCUACCGCCUCCCUGUCACAUCUGGAUCUGACUCCUCUCCUCAGCACCACUCAACGCAGUGGGAGAGAGAGGGGGGGGAGGAGGGUAAACGAUCGGGGAAGCGGAGGCUAGCUCCGUCGGUGCAGCCUCAUCCACCACCGAGCAGAAUCAAGGAGAGGAGAGCCAAAGGACACUUCACUCUCAUCCGCACUCACGUAUAUCUUUGCAUCUCGUCUGUGCUCCAUCCGACAGUCCAUCUUAUAUUUUCUUCUCAUUUUCUCGCUUCGUCUUGUCUUGGAUAUGAUGAGCUCCAGCCUGUUAGAAAAUCCAGUGCAGGCGAUUCUGUACCUGCGGGAGCUCACCACCAUUGUCCAGAACCAGCAGAGUCUUAUCCAAACCCAGCGCGCCCGGAUAGAAGAGCUGGACCGCCGCCUGGACGAGCUCAUUGGCGAAAACAGGCACCUACGGGACGUCAGGGUGCAACAACAGCAUCCUUACCAUCACUAUCAUUACCAUCACCCCGACCCCAGCUGUCUUCAUCACCACCACCACUCUCAGGAUCCCCAGCUCAAGACUAGCGCGGGGUCUGUGACAGACCAUGCGACUGCACAAAAGCAGGUCGAGGAAGCCGCCGAGGUCCUGUCAUCGCCUCAACCUAUGGACCCGGGGAACAUGCAGCUGGUUCCGGCCGAUCCGUCCACAGUUUCUCCGGUUGAAAGUGACCCGGAAUACGUUGGAAGUUGCCCCAGCUGCCGCUCUUUGGUUCCGAUGACCCCCACAACCCUUUGUCGAUCCCUGGUUCUGGCUAGGAAAUCCGAGAGUGAGACUGUGCUGCAUCAGUUUUGUUGCCCCGCCCCUGAAAAUCCAGAGACUGACAGCACCGUCUUAUCGAGUGGACGGAUGCUGAGCCUGGAGGAUGGAACGUCCUCUGGUAGUGGACAGGAAGUGGAGGGGACGAAAAGGGAGGGACCCAGCGAGUAUGAGAUCACCCUGGAAAAUAAAAACAAGCAGAUAGAAGAGCUGGAGCAGAAGUAUGGAGGCCAUCUCAUAGCGAGGCGGGCAGCCCGCCGUAUCCAGACGGCUUUCCGCCAGUAUCAGCUCAGCAAAAACUUCCAAAAGAUACGGAACUCGCUGUCAGAGAGCAAGUUGCCUCGUCGGAUAUCCCUGCGUCAUCCCAGCCCUUCAGACCGAAACCGGAGCACAGCCCAGAGGCACAGUUAUACUCUGCAUCCAGGAGGAGGACAGAUACCCUUACGCUCCAAAACACCGCCUCCUCCACCGUGCCGCUCCACCUCUCUGCCCUCUUCUCCAGCGUCUGUGUCAGCAGCUGCUGCCUCUCCAGACCUGACAACAGCCCCAUCUCAAACCCCUGGACCCACACUCACACAGCUGGAGGAUUGCUUCUCAGAACAACUGCACUCCUUGGCCCAGUCAAUAGAUGAGGCCCUUCGUGGUUGGAGCUUGUCAGAGGGUGGCGAGGGGAAGGGGCUACUGAUGGACCCUGGUGCCCUUCGUGCAGCGGCUGAGAGUGCUGGUCUGCCUCGCAGUGCCAGCUCACUGCUCAUGGCCUUCAGGGAUGUCACUGUUCACAUUGACAGCAACAGCUCCUACACCAUCUCCACUGCCACCACCACUACCACCACCUCUCUGGGCAAUGCAGGCAGAGGAGAGCCGGGCAGCAGGAAGGCUUCUGUAAGUGGGAUGGCUGGGGGAGGAGAUGGACAGUCAGUGGAGGAGCCAGAGUUUCCUGCACCUCCUCCCAGUGAGGAGCUAGAAAUGGUAGAUCCAGGAUCCAGGAGGGGCUCUGGAGUGCCAUCUCUAGGAGGAGGAAGAAUGGAGGGGGAGAGCAGCGCAGACAGACUGGGGCCCAUCUCCACUUCUACCUCUACUUCCACCUUAACCCAGUCUAACCAGCAGCCUGCUCAAAUUUACACUCAGUACCAGCAGUACCGCUACACUCAUCCUCAGCAGAUUCCUGGGGGGCCAAGUCCUGAGUCUGUGCAGGCCCUGGUUGUCUCUCUGCCAAGGGACCGCUGCCAGGAUCCAGUCUCUUGUCGCUCGCCAACCCUGUCCACAGACACACACCGUAAACGCCUUUACCGUAUAGGACUCAACCUUUUCAAUGUGAACCCUGAGAGAGGUAUCCAUUUCCUGAUCACACGUGGUUUUGUCCCAGACACGGCUAUUGGAGUGGCUCACUUCCUGCUGCAGAGGAAGGGCCUGAGUCGACAGAUGAUUGGAGAGUUCUUGGGGAACAGCAAGCUGCAGUUCAACAGAGAUGUCCUUGAUUGUGUUGUGGAUGAGAUGGAUUUCUCAGGCAUGGAGCUUGAUGAAGCCCUAAGGAAGUUCCAGGCUCAUGUCCGUGUUCAGGGAGAAGCACAGAAAGUGGAAAGACUCAUCGAAGCCUUUAGCCAGAGGUACUGUAUGUGUAAUCCUGAUGUGGUGCAGCAGUUUCACAAUCCUGAUACCAUCUUCAUCCUGGCCUUCGCUGUGGUCCUCCUUAACACUGACAUGUACUCGCCCAACAUCAAACCCCAGCGCAAAAUGGGCCUCGAUGACUUCAUACGCAACCUAAGAGGUGUGGAUGAUGGAGCAGACAUCCCAAGAGAGAUGGUGGCCGGCAUUUAUGAAAGGAUCCAGCAGAGAGAGUUCCUCUCAAAUGAAGACCAUGUCACCUAUGUGAGCCGUGUAGAGCAGUCCAUCCUGGGCCUGAAAACUAUCCUCGCUGUGCCCCACAGACGUCUGGUGUGCUGCUGUCGUUUGUUUGAGGUGCCUGAUGCCAACAAACCUCACAAACAGAAACUGUCCCAGCUCCAGAGAGAAGUCUUCCUCUUCAAUGACCUGCUGCUGAUCCUGAAAUUGUGUCCCAAGAAGAAAAGCUCAGCCACAUACACCUUCUGUAAAGCAAUGGGUCUUCUGGGAAUGCAGUUUCACCUCUUCAGCAAUGAAUACUAUGCUCAUGGCGUCACCAUGCUGAGCCCGUUUACCUCCGAGAAGAAACAGCUGGUGAGUUUCUGCUCCCCAAGUGGGGAAGAACUGAGGAAGUUUGCUGAGGAGCUCCGCGAGGCUAUUGCAGAGGUCAAUGAGAUGGAGCAAAUACACAUCCAGUGGGAAAUGGAGAGGCAACAGGGCAUCCAGCCACAUGGCAUACACACCAAUGGUGGGCAAGUGGACACACACACAGGACACGGCUCUCCCUCAGGCCAACAAGAUGCAUAUGAUAAAACUGGCAACAACACAGUAGAGGUGUCAAUUCACAACAGGCUGCAGACCUAUCAACUGAGCCAGCCCAGCACUGAGUCCAUGCCUCUGGCCCUGACUGCACCGCCCGCCCUGCUAAGCCCUGUCCAGUCAGGGGAGCUACGCCCAGAAACACUCAUUCAAUGCCAGCAGAUUGUCAAGGUUAUCGUGGUGGACCAGAGUGGGCGGGGGAGGAUGGAGGCCUUCCUCAGCCAAAGCCCAGCCACCCAUCACCUCAUCCAGUCGGCCAUGUCUACACCUGUUCAUGUCAAAGAGGGGGAUGGCCCUCAGCCACCCCUGCCACCUCCCCCUCCACCUUACAAUCACCCCCACCAGUUUUGUCCCCCUGACUCUCCCAUGCCCCUCCACCACACUAUGCCUCUCACCCGCAGGCGCAACUCCAGUGGCUCUCGCAGCAUCGUCUGAGUCAUCUACAACUCAGAGAAGGCAGACAUGACUCAGACACACAGUGACUGGAGCAUUACUCGAUUCACUUUGAAUGGUAAAAGAGCACAGCAAAUAAAUGAAGGGAUAAGUCACAUGGAAGGACAAAGGAAAAGGAAAACACAAGAAUCUAUUCUUAGCCUUGACCGAGCAGUGUUUGUACUGAACAUGGAGUCAUUUCGAAGUACAACUUCAGUUUUUUUGUCUCUAACUCGUCACCCAGUAGCUGACUGUGUUGUCUGUCUAGAGUUCAUGAUCGUUAACAUAUCCUGUGACUUUGCAUUUUGAAAUGUCACCUGUCCAACAAACCUGUCUGUGAGCUAUGAUGAUGAUGGAAAUGAGGGGCAAAUGUCAGAAAAACAAACUCUGGCAACCAUGACAGGACAAAACUCAGUUUUGUUUGGCUUUCUUUCAAGAUAUUGAUGUGAAGUUCACAUCUGUUUGGUCCAGGUUUUCACUUAGAUACCAAACUCGGUGAGGAAAUUUUCAACCCAGCUAAUCUCAACAGUGUAAUCAUUCUUCUUCUCAUCUCUACGUAAUGUGAAGAACAGUACCAGCUUAUUUGUUUCCUUCAUUUUCUGAGGAACAGAUAAUUAGUAUGUUUAAAAGAGAACAUCUCUACCACACUUGACAUCUCUACCUUGUCAUGUAUAUGACAUUGCUGCUCACUAAAAGUAAUCUAAAACCAUAUUCUGAUGACAAUCACAUGUUUGUGCUUCAAUCUCAUGUGUUUUUCUGAACUUGUGUGCCACAGAAUCAGGGCAGUCACACAUUACUGGGUGACUGCCCUGAUUCUGUGGUGUUGUGCUCUCAGAAAGGUCAGGAAAGGAUUUGCAGCACUGAAACAUGUAAUCUGCACCUCUGAGUUGUACUGAGAGCUAUGUGUUUGUUUACUGUGUUCAUUCUGCUUACUCAUGGGCAGUAGGGAGUAGAGCUGAUAAUUCAUCCAAAACAAGGCAAAAACAGGCAGGUGAAGCCUUUCUCCUUCUGUACAUUUACUCCUAGUAGGUUACCUAGUAUGAAUAUCAGUGUUACCUUUGGAUUUAGACAGUUUCUCUGCCUUAGUCUGCUUUAGUUUAAACAUGAAUAAAAAUACAGGGCAGACUAAGUUCACCCCAGAGAAAUACUACUCCCCUCUAAUGUAUUAUGUUAUUCCUUGCACACUGAAGAUGUUAUAUAAGCAGAGAUGCAUUCCUUUACUGAAUGUGAAAUCAGGGGGAAAACUGAUGAUGUUCAUGUAAUAACUGUUGAUUUCAUUACUGUGUCAUCUGUCCAGUAUUGGUAGUUUGAGCCAGUUUGUACAGCAGAUCACAAAUCAUCCGACUGGCACACUGAACAUGUCUUGUACCUUUUGCACCAUAGAAUAUAUUGGGCAUAUUGUAAAUAGGUAAUAUAGAUUUAUUCUGAAAAAGUGAUUGGUUUGACCAGUGUGUGUAUCUAAAUAUGUAUUUGUACAGAGAAGAUCUAGUUUAAAAGAAAAAAGGCUAUUAUAGUUAAUAUUAUUAUUCACAUUUAAUAUUGCGGGUGUCCUAAAUCCUAACGCUAUGAGAGAUGGGAAACAGGCAGCUUUUAUAGAAUACACUCCAGUUACCAUGGUAACACAUACAGAUUAUUAUAGAUUUGCAUUCAUCAUUAAAAUUACCAUAUAUUAUUACAGGAUUAUUAAGAAAUAGUGUCACCUGUUAAGGUAUGUAAAGGGCUAUGCUGUAUUAGUAAAUACAUACAGUAAAUCACAGCUCACACACUCACACACACACACACACACACACACACACACACAGAGUUCGUGCACUUAGCUGGCUGUUUAUUAGGUAAGCCUAAUUAAAACUACACCUCUCUAAAACUGUUUCAACAAAAACUACAUCUGAGCAUCUUCACAAAGGGAGGAUUUAUUGUAGGACUGUUGUAUUAGACUACAAUAAUUUACUGGUGUAGCUAAUAAACUACUAACUUAGUGUAUGUUAUACAGGCACACACACAUGUUCACACCACACACACACACUGAUGUAAGUACACAAACAUGAAUAUAGCUGCCAAAGCAACAAUAAAUCCAGCGUAGAUUCAUCUUAGAAACCGCUUGAUUUCUCCAGUCAGCAACUCCACUUAGUUUACCAUAAACUCUGACUGACAUGUACUAUACAGCAUGAGAUUUCUUUUUGUUUUGCUUUUUAAUUUAAUGUACAAGGGAGGAGUCUAAUUUUAUAGUUGUAUCAUUAUUGUCAGGGCAUGCUGGGGUGAUUGAUGUCAUUUCCCCCCUUUCCCCCUGCUUUCUGCCCAAAACAUUACUCCUCUGCCCCGCCCUCUCUCUGGUUGUCAUGGAGACACAGCAAUUUGCAUCCUCACUAUGGAGCACUAUCAUUAAUCCUUGCACCCUCACAAUAUUUCUAAAAAAGGAGAUUUCUUAAGGAUUAAAAUGUUUACUAAUGGAAUAUU